AUGAAAUCUUUACAAAUAGAAAAUUCUGAUGAAUAUUAUUUGAGUGUUAGUGUUAGUGAUGGAGAACAUACAAUACAAACACCUUUAACUAUUUAUAGACUUCAAUUAGGAACGAAUAUUGCUCUUUUAGUAAUAAAUAAACCGGUAGAUCAAGUAGAUGUACUUAAUGUUGUUAGACAUUUAAAUGCACUUCUCCCUUCUUUGGAUGUUGAUGUUCUUGUUAAACAAGUUUAUAUUGGAGAAAAUGGAUUGGCUGAUCCAAAACGAACUCAUUUACUUGUUUAUGCCCAAGACAAACAAACAAGAAUACCUUUGCCUGCUAAUAAAUUAAAAGAAUUGUUAGAAUCUUCCCUCGCUCAAUCAGUCUCUUCCGACACAAAUUCCCCUUCUAUUCCAAAUCUCAAAAUUUCUGAUUCUCCUUUACAAUUCUUGGCAAGUGUUCAAGUUCCGGAUUAUGGUGUUUGGAGUUCAACAGCUCCCUUCAGAUUAAAUCCAACUGAAAUUAUUUUAUUGUCUGUCAGUGCAUUUUUGGUAUUCGGAAUUUGUACAAUGCUUUAUUUACUUUUGCGAAAACAAGAAUUGAUAACAAAAUCUGAUUUGGAAUAUAUGGUAGACAGUCAAAUAGCUGGUCCUCGGCCAUAUAAUGUUGAAUUAAUAACACGUAAAGCUAUGCAAAAUGCUCAAAAUGCUACACUUAGAUUGCCUGAACCUGUUGAGGAUUGCACUUUGACGCCAGAAUCUCGCGCAACAAUGCUUGCUUCUUCGGGUAUUUAUAGCGGCGGCAAUUUAGGAGGUCCAUUAAGAAGAACAAAUCGUGUAACAACAACAGAAUCAUCUUUAUCAGAGGAAGGAACACCGCCACAAUUUUCUCGUUCAAAUAUGUCAAAUGAACAAUUAAUAAGAGGCCAAGGAGGAUUAUAUGGAAGAAAUGGAGACCCUGAAGAACCAGAAUAUUCUCCAACAAUUCCUCGACAUCAAAGAUUACAAAAUAAUUAUGAAUCUGGUGAACAAAGCCCGGAAACUAUGAGGAGUGAAGCAGAAGAAAUAAAUGUUUCACCUCCAGAGGAAUGUCCUCCACCCCCACCUUCAAGUAGUCCUCCAGAAUUAAAUGGAAAAUAA